UCACUAGCUGUGAUGUAAACGUCAGAUUCAAAUUUCAUAUUUCAACUACAGUAUUGUCUUUACACUUUCUUAGCCUCGUAGUUUGGUAUCAAAAUUCUCUGUAUAAAUUUUAGGCAUAUAAAAUUUAAAUUAAAAAAAAAAUGUUAAAACGUGCCUCUUUGGCUUUGAGCCAAUACCCAGCGGCCUGCUUACGUUCCUACAACUGUUACAGGUGUAUCCGUCCCUACUCACUGGUCAAGCGCAAGAAAAACCCGGAGACCGUUCAGAAAUCGGACCAGGAGCUACGGAAAACUCUGCGUAACGAGUGGAUAUCAUGUAUGGGUACCGAUGACGCCCCACUUGUCGAUCAGUCGUAUCGGUGUCCGUACCUGGCGGACCUCGAGUUGCAGCUGAAUCGAAGAAUCCUGGAAAGAGAAUGUCCCGACCUUGAGUCAACUCAAAACCGGAAAGUCCUUCGCGAAACCGCUAAACAUGCCGACGGAUGCGACGAUGGGUGUGGCGGCAGGGGCGGGAGCAACAGCGAUGGCGAAAAGAAAAAGAAAAAGAAUAAGAAGAAGAGCAAGGACGGAGGAAAGAAGGGUGAUGGCGAGGAUGACAACCAGAAGAAAAGGUGCGCCGCCCUGAUCAAGGAGUUUGAAGACAAGGAACUAGACAAAAUUUGCCGGAAAAUGGCCGAAGCGGAACUGUGCAAGCAACUGCAUCAGGAAGCUAAAUGCAGGAAGAUAGCUGAGGCGGAAGCGAGCCAGAGAAAGGCAGAGAUGGAACAGUAUAUGAAGAGCAUCAAAGAGGCGAGGGGAGAAAGCAUAAAUGAGAGCAAGAAAGGCAAGAAGGGCGAAAAGGGUGAAGGCGAUAAGGGCAAAAAAAAGAGCAAAAAGGGUGAAAAGGACGAAGGAGAAGAAAAGGGCGAGAAAGGUGAGAGUGCUGAGAAAGCCGAGAAAGGCAAGAAAAGUAAGAAAGAAGAGAAGGAAGUAGAAGGCGAAAAGGGUAAAGGUGAUAAGGGCAAAAGGAGAGAAAAGGGUGAAAAGAGCAAAAAGAGCGAAGAGUGCGAAGGAGAAGAAAAAGGCGAGAGAGAUGACAGUGCUAAGAAAGCCGAGAAAGGCAAGAAAGGCAAGAAAAGUAAGAAAGCCGAGAAGGAAGUAGAAGGCGAAAAGGGUGAAGGCGAGAAGAGCGAAGAAAGCAAAAAGAUCGAAAAAAGCGGAAAGGGUGAUAAGGAUGAAAAGGACGAAGAAGGCGAGAAAGGUGAGAAAUCUGGGAAAAGUAAGAAAGGCAAGAAAGGUAAGAAAGCUGAGAAAGGCGAGAAAGGCGAGAAAGGCGAGAACGGCAGGAAAGGCAUGAAAGGUAAGAAAGCUGAGAAAGGCGAUAAAGGCGAGAAAGCCAAGAAAGCCAAGAAAGGUAGCAAGAAGGGCGAAGAAGGCGAUAAGCCAAAGAAACCGCCAACCGAAGAGGAGGUGCUAGAAAACCUCACCAAACAGUGCCAAGAAAUGGCCGACAAGGUGGAGUGCGAGAAGCGAGCCAAGAUCGAGGCCAUCAAGAGAGCCUAUCGUGAGGAGAUGGAGCGGGAGCAGUGCGCCCGAGAGGCGGCGGAGCGGGCCAAGCAAGAGGAGGAGGAUCGAAAGAAAGCGAAAGAGGAGGCCAAACGGAAGGCCGAGGAAGAAGCAAAUAAGAUACCCGAAGACGACAUCUGCGAGCUGAGGAAAAGGUGCGCCGAAAUGGCCCGAGAGGAAAGGGCCAAGGCCAAGGCAGUCCAAAAGAGGCUCAAGUCCAUGGCCGACAAGGUCAAGGCCGAUGCGGCCAAGAAAAGGUGUCAGGAGCUGGAAGAACUUCAAAGGUGCCGCAAAGCCGCCGAAAAGCGAAAGGCAGAUAAGGAAAAGGAAGAGUGCGCAAAGGCCAAAGCUAGAGCUAAAGAAGAAAAAAUGGCUCCUAAGAAAGGGCCAAAAAAUAAAAAUGAGGCCAAAGAGGCCAUUUGCAAGGCACUGGCUGACAAGAAAAAACCAAAGAAAAAGAAAGUGGACAAGUGCGCUAAACUGGCCGAGGAAUCGGCUCCUAAAGAUUCACCACCUCCCAAAGAUGGAGCUCCACCACCAUCGAAAACUUCAAAAGCAACACCUCCAGCUGAAAAGAAGGAUUCCAAAGAUAAACCUCCAAUAGAAAAAAAUCAAGCUAAAUCAGAAGCACCUCCACCUGGAAAUAAAGAUGCCAAAUCAGAAGCACCUACACCGGGAAAAAAAGAUCCCAAGUCAGAAGCACCUCCACCAGAAAACAAAGAUGCCAAACCUAAAGCUCAACCAGAAAAAAAAGAACCCCAAGCUGCAUCAUCUCCGCCAGAAAAAAAGGACUCUAAACCUGCUUCAUCUUCGCCAGAAAAAAAGGACUCCAAACCUGCAUCAUCUCAGCCAGAAAAAAAGGACUCCAAACCUGCAUCAUCUUCGCCACAGAAAAAGCCUUCAAAAGAAUCUGGAAAAUCACCCAAAGACAAAAAAUCUGAUUCCAAAAAUCUCUGGGCGAUAUGCAAGAAGUUAGCCGAACGGAAACUGAAGCUUAAGAAGAAAAAGAUCAAGGAGCUGAAGGCCCAGUGCGAUUAUAUUCUGCAAAAAGAGAAAAAGCAGCGUGAAAAGCAACGUGAAAAGCAAAAGAAAAAGGAAGAAAAGCUCAAGGAGCACUGCAAAAAACAUAAUGAAAAGGAAAAGGACAAAGACAAGAAAUAGGGUUUGAACUAUGCUAUUAAACUGAUUCCAAAUUCUCAAGUUGGUUGCAAAUAGUAUUCAAUACUCAGUUCAAAUGCAAUUUCUGCAGCGUGCGCUCCGUUACUUUUUCCUGAAUAUUUAUGUUUAAAUACGAAAAUUGUGGUACAUCCAAGCCCUUUUCUGGCUUACUGAAUCCAUACAAAAGAAUGUUGAGCAGCACGUUGGAAUUUACUUUUCGCGAUUCACAAGUUUUCGCCUUACAUUCCAAAUUAAAUAAAAAUCUGUGUCUGAAAU